AUGGGAGUCGGCAACUCCUGGUUUACGUGUGGCCGUAAGAUCAACAGCCUCUCCCGCCGAGGUCAAACAGAUCCGCGAAAACCCAAGCACCCUCGAAACUCUGAGGAUUUUAGAAAAUCUAAUUGUCCAUUUCCAAAAACGACGAACCACCCAGCGGCAGAACAAGUACAUCUGUACACGAUCAAGACGAAACAAAGUUCUUUUCACGAUCGCCCUGAGCACCCAGACACCUUUGAGAAUAUGUUUGAGUUGGCUCGGGAACAGAUCAUAUUAGGGAAGCAUGCACAAGCAAAGAAUAAUUGGCGUACGGUAUUGGAAUUCCAUGAAAAGGUCGAAGGUCGAAGGAACCUCGCUGUUGUGUACAAUUUGGCUCGCGUCUUAAACUCGAACGAAUGGUUUACGGAUGCUGAAGAGAUCCUUAAGAGCCUUCUACCAGAGUUGAUAGAAGCACUCGGCACAGGUAGCCGGCAGGUUAUCGGAACUUUACCGGAGCUGUCACUUGCCAUAGGAAAACAAGGAAGAUAUGCAGAGGCUAGAGAGAUAAUUGCUGAAGGCGUUAGAAAUCUACGAGACUCCUCAAUGGAUAACGAAAGUCAAGUCACGCAUAAGAAUGACCUGGAAAGGGUCGAGGCUGAACUUCGCAUCUCGGAGCAGGGCAGAAAUAUUUCGCUUUAG